AUGCCCUCGGUAACGACAUGGCUGCUUGGUGUUGCGGGGUUGGUUCUCCCUUACGGUCUCAUUGGGGGCCUCAUGUCCGUCCGUUCAGUAGAGAGGGGGGCUAUCUACAUGCCCGCCUUUAAGACAACUCCUCUACGAGACCUACAUGUCCCAGAGAAGUUUGGUUUCGGCCGACACCAGGUCUCAGCGUUUAAUGUCACCACGCCUGACGGGCUGGCCUUACACGCCUGGCACAUACUGCCCAUCGGUGUCUAUCUGACACAUCAGAAAGAGCUCCUGAAGAGGACUGAUGAAAUUGUCGAAAGCAGAGAUACACCCAACUUCCGACUGCUUCGUGACGACCCAGACGCGCGUCUCGUGAUUCACACUCAUGGAUCUUCGGGGACGCUGGCAUCCAGCUGGAGGGUCGACUGCUAUCGGGCGCUAUGCUCGGCAGCGCCGGACCGGAUCCACGUGCUUACCUUCGACUACCGCGGAUUUGGGCUCUCGGAAGGAUCGCCGAGCGAGGAUGGAGUUAUCAUAGACGCAACGGCUAUCUUCGAUUGGGCUGUCAAUGUCGCUGGGGUGCCACCCGAGCGCAUCGUCAUCUACGGGCAAUCCAUGGGCUCGGGGGUCGCAAUAGCUCUCGUACAGCGUCUGGUCAGUAGGGGCGUGUAUGUGGCGGGGCUCGUCACUACGGCUGGUUUCGUGGACGUCGCCACGAUCGCGAAGACAUAUAAGGUUAUGGGAGCCCCAGUCUUCAAACCGUUGCAACUGUUCCCUGAUCUGGUAGACUAUCUGGCAUCGCAUUUGGAGAGCACAUGGAAGAACGCGGAUCGGUUGGCUGCCCUCGUGCGCCGCAGCGAGCGAUAUCAUAUUGAGCUGGUCCAUGCUCAAGACGAUUCCUUAGUCCCCUAUGACAAUGCAUUGCAGCUAUAUAGCCGUGCCUUGGGCGCGAUGGAAGACGACAAGCCUCAGGUCAAAGAGACCGACAUGGGACCAUGGGGACGGGUCUCAACAGCGACAACGUCAAAAGGCACUGUCAGGCUUAGCUUACCCCUGUACGGAGACCAUGACAAAGUUAUGUCUCAUUCAGGGGUGGUGUCUGCCAUUAUGCGUGCUUUCCGUAGCAGAGAUGAUUUCUAA